AUGGCGCCUGCAAGUACCGAGGACACCAAGUCUGCUGGCAUGACCUACCGGUUCCUGGGAAAUUCAGGACUCCUUGUGUCCAAGCUCGGACUGGGGAGCUUGAUGCACGCCAAGGAGGAAAACACACCGGAAGCCUGGUACGAGAUGAUGAAGCUGGCGUUCAAGCACGACAUCAACUUCUUCGACAACGCUGGUCUGAACAUGGGUUUUGCUGUGCAGAAGGGCAUCGAUGAAGGCAUCUGGAGCCGGGAGGACCUCGUGAUCGGCACCAAAAUCGGUCUGGGGACGAAGGCGUUCCGGGAUGCUUCGGGGCCAAACGACCGAGGCUUGACACGCAAACACAUCAUUGAAGCAUCCAAGGCCUCGCUCAAGAGGUUCGAUCUCGAGUACGCCGACACCGUGCGUGCCAUGAACUUCGUCCUUGAGCGGGGCUGGGCGUUCUACUGGGGCACCAGCCAGUGGAGCGCGGCUCAGAUCGUCGAAGCUUGUGACGUUGCGGACCGCCUCGGCCUCAUUCGCCCCGUUGUGGAGCAGUGCGUCUACAAUCUGCUGGACCGCACGAAGGUGGAGUUCGAGUACUUUGACCUGUACAGGAACAAGGGCUCUCGCAUGGACGGCCCCAUGCAUAAAUUCCUCGUGCCGGAUUUCGCGGAACGCCAAGCCAAGGCGGACAAACUCCAGUCGGUAGCUGCAGCGCUUGACAUUUCCCUGACUGAGCUCGCUUUGGCGUGGUGCAUCAGCAACGAGAACAUCUCCACGGUCAUGGUCGGGGCCAGGAACUUGGCGCGAUUGGAGCUGAACAUGAAGGCACUGCCUGCGGUCGAGAAGAUCACGCCAGAGGUCAAGGCCCAGAUCGACUCGCUGGUGCCGUUUGUGCCGCAGCCCCCAAAGUCCGAUGGAUUGGAGAAGCGACGCACGAAAUUCCUCUAA